GAAUCAGUGGAGAAUCUGCGUCUGCGACGUGUGAUAAGUAAGAUUUCCAGUUUUAGGUGGAAGCUCUUCUGUUCUCGAUAUGGGCCUUCGCUGAUUGGUAAGCUGAUCACUAGGUUGCGGCAGGCUCAUAGCAGUGCCUGCGGCUGCGUCGUCUCCUCCGUUGCGUACAACAUGGCUGGGGUUGACACAUUUGGUGUGGACGCACCCGUAUCAACAAUGCCGGCAGUGGCUCAUGUGUGGUGAUGGCAUGGGGGGCGUGCUGCUGAAGUCUCGCUGGAGACGUGCGAGGCGAGACCUGAGCGUCGAUAUUUCGCAUCCUAUGUCGAUUCGCGCAUUGGGAUCGUUUCAGUUGAGUUUUCGCAUGCAGGCCCGCCGUCGUUACCAUUACGCACCUCGAUUUGAGUCCACUCCCGCUUCCAGCAAACCUGAUUCGUUUCUCGGCGCGCAGUAAAUUUAGCCAGCCCUCAGCGAUCUCGUAUUCAUGUAUAAAUGCGAAACUGCCGUGGGUAGCCUGAUUCGACACCUUGGCAGGACUUCAUUGGUUUUCGUUGGGCAAAGGCGGUAGAAUUUCCUUUGUCUGUAAGCGCGGGCGUCUUCAACGUCGUCGGCGAUAACAUGGCUUGGACUGAUGUGGAUUGACUUGCGUGUUGUGAUGUGUACACCACAUCAGUUUCUCAGCGCCACGCUCGGAGAAUCGAUUGGUUAUAAUGCUUGAAAAACCUCGAAUUAUACCUUUAUAAAACCUCGGAGCAAAACGGCGGCUCCUUCUUUCUCUCUUGGAAACCCCGCAGCACAACCCAAGACGCUCAGAACGCGCGAGUCGCUUCGUUCUUCUUCUUUUGUAUUGAGCGCCUUCACCCGCCGCUUUCUCUCCACGCUCGUUCAAGAUGAACCCCGAAUAUGACUACCUCUUUAAGCUGCUGCUGAUCGGUGACUCUGGCGUCGGCAAGUCGUGUCUGCUGCUUCGUUUCGCCGACGACACUUACACGGAGAGCUACAUCUCGACCAUUGGUGUGGACUUUAAAAUCCGUACGAUCGAGCUGGACGGCAAGACCAUCAAGCUCCAGAUUUGGGACACGGCCGGACAGGAGCGUUUCCGCACGAUCACUAGCAGUUACUACCGCGGUGCACACGGCAUUAUUGUGGUGUACGACGUGACGGACCAGGAGUCAUUCAACAAUGUGAAACAGUGGCUGCAUGAGAUCGAUAGAUACGCCUGUGAGAAUGUGAACAAGCUGCUGGUCGGUAACAAGAGCGAUCUGACUGCCAAGCGCGUCGUGAGCACUGACGCCGCCAAGGAGUUCGCCGAAAGCCUGGGCAUUGAAUUCCUGGAGACCAGUGCAAAGAACGCUGCCAAUGUCGAGAAGGCCUUCAUGAUGAUGGCCGCCCAGAUCAAGAAGCGCAUGGCCAACGCUCCCGUGGCCCCCAAGGCCGGCGUUAAGCUGACGCCUGGUCAGCAGGUUCCGUCCAAUGGCGGGUCGAAGUGCUGCUAAGCAGUGUCGUUUAGUCCUGUUAGCCUCGCGUCGCGCGCUAGUUGAUUUUAUACUGCAGUUUAGUCCUGGGAGUGUUGUGCUGCGAGGCUCGAGAGGCGUGGCACUCAGAGGUUCAGAACAGGAUAACAAUCAGGUGUGCGGGGCGCAGGUGAAAAGGCUGUUCGAGGACUCGGUGGACGUUUGGAAAGGAGAAUUAGGUUUCGCUGCGCUCCUCUCCUAGGUCUUUCGUUCUCGUUUUUGGCUUGAAAGGAGCGACAACGAAUGCUACUUUGGUUAGUUGUGACCCUAUACAUGGUAUAUUCUUUCUCUUUUUUACAAGUUGGUGUUGCGUUGCA